AUGAUGACAUCUCCAGUGUUUGCUCUUUAUCUCACAUGUCUGUUCGUGGGCAAAUGGGCUCAGACAACUGCUCUAAAAUUCAACUCAUCUGUUCAUCAAGACAGUGGUUUUAUAUCAGCUAAUGUUGGUGACAGUGUAACUUUACAAUGUUACUGUGAAGAUGAUGAUACAACAAGGCUUUACUGGUAUAAGCAAACUGUCGGACAGAGACCGAGGCUCAUCUCCACUGUCUACACAUUUGACAAGAAGGGCAUUUUUUAUAAUGAAUUCGAGAACAAUCCACGCUUCACACUGGACACUGAAAAUGGUAAAAAUCACGUGACAAUCACAGAUUUGCAGAUUUCAGACUCGGCUACUUACUACUGUGCAUGUGGUAAUUCAAUGAUGUUAAAAUUUGUGAAGGGAACUCCUCUCAAUGUAAAGGGUUCAGGUUUAAACAUCCAAGCUGUAGUGCAUCAGUCGGCAUCUAAGAGCAUCCAGCCAGGAGGCUCUAUGACUCUGAACUGUACAGUACACACUGGGACCUGUGAUGAUGGAGAACACAGUGUUUACUGGUUCAGAUACUCUGAAGAAUCUCAUCCAGGACUCAUUUACACACAUGGAGGCAGGAAUGAUCAGUGUGAGAGGAACACCAACACACAAACACACACCUGUGUCUACAACUUGCCGAUGAAGAGUCUGAAUCCUUCUCAUGCUGGGACCUACUACUGUGCUGUCGCCUCAUGUGGACAGAUACUGUUUGGAAACGGGACCAAGCUGGAUGUUGGCAAUGAGGUAGACUCUCUUGUCUUGGUGUAUUUCUUGAGUGGAGCUUUGGCAUUCACCACCAUCCUCAGUGUUUUGCUGGCUUUCUCAAUGUACAAGAUGAAGAGAAACAGCUUUCAAUCUACAGAGUCUCAAGCAACACUUUCUGCUCCCUCCACAACAAAUGGCGAGGAUCACCAAGGCACAGACAACCUGCAUUAUGCUGCUUUUAGUGUGAAGCUGCCCAACAGAUCAAGAAGAGUGAAGAACAACUCCAACAAUGAAUGUGUGUACUCCAGUGUAAAGUAG